AUGUCAGAAGAAAAGUGCAAAGAUGGAGCAAAACCAAGGCAGGAUGAAGUUCUGCAGCAUCAAAGCAGCAUCAGCACUUGUCACAGUGGAAUACUGAUGGGGGGACGUGUUGCCUUGGCUGUGAGCCUCAGCUGCCCCAGCUUCAGCUCUGCUCCACCCGCCAUCCAUAUCCCCCCUGCAGCUACCAGGGGGCCACAGAGGCCAGGACAGGGUGUCGAGCUAGAGUCCUGCGUCAUGCAUCUCAAUGCAAAGCAGGCAUGUCGGCUUGUCAGCCCCCCGAGAGCCGACUCUCCUCCCCGUCUGACACCCUGGCACCCCAACCGGUUCAACACUCGUCAGCAUUUAUUUUCAUAA